AGGAGAACAGAGGGAGAGAGCAGAGGAGGGGCUGGGUUGUGAUGUGCUCUGUUGUGCUAAACUGUGCCGGGCUGUGCUGUGCUGUGCUGCACCGCGCAGCUUCUUCUCACCUCUCACUGCAUCCUUUUCAUCCUCCUCCUCAUCAUCAUCCUCAUCAUCAACAACAACACCGAACUUGUCCCGCGUCAGGAUGGAUGGAUGGAUGCGUGCGGAGCCGCUGAACCAGUGAGGAGGAUGCGGUGGGACCGGGGAGAUGGAGGAGCAGUGUCGGUGUAACCGGAGCGUCUGUGGGCGUCGGUGUCUGUGAUGUUUUGCCGCUGGUGACUGCAGAAAUUUUCCCAACGUGUGUGCGAGUCGACGGAGCGCUGCGGAGCGGUGCGCGCUUGGAGAGGAGCGAGAACGGACAUGUGAACGAGAACGAACAGUGCGUUCGUGUUGUUUUAGUUGAGGAACUUGACGCGGUUGAUGAAGACAGAGUCUCACAAGUGAAAAAAACAAAAAAAAACAUUAUUGUUUGUUUCGUUUUUGUCGCUUGAGGAGGAAUUCAUGCGCCGAUAGCUCUCGGGGGCCAAUAUGCCAGAAUGGGUCCUCUACAAUAUUUAUUUCUCUGUGGACUUCUGUACACCCAAACAUACGGGUCUCGUCUCCGUCAGGAAGACUUCCCUCCUCGCGUUGUGGAGCAUCCUUCUGACCUUAUUGUGUCCAAAGGGGAACCAGCCACUCUCAACUGUAAGGCAGAGGGUCGUCCGGCCCCCACGGUGGAAUGGUACAAAGACGGGGAGCGCGUCGAGACGGACCGCGACAACCCCCGCUCGCACCGCAUGCUGCUGCCCAGCGGGUCCCUCUUCUUCCUGCGCAUCGUCCACGGACGCCGGAGCAAACCAGACGAUGGCAGCUAUGUGUGCGUGGCCCGGAACUAUCUGGGGGAGGCUGUAAGCCGGAACGCUUCUCUUGAAGUAGCACUGCUGCGUGAUGACUUCAGACAGAACCCACAGGACUCAGUGGUGGUGGUCGGUGAAACGGCCAGUCUGGAGUGUCAGCCUCCACGCGGCCAUCCUGAACCCACCACCUUCUGGAGGAAAGAUAAGACUCGUCUUGACCUCAAAGAUGACAGGGUCACGGUCCGUGGAGGAAAGCUGACCAUCUCCAACACUAAAAAGACUGACGCAGGGAUUUAUGUGUGUGUGGCGAGCAACAUGGUCGGAGAGAAAGAGAGCGAAAAAGCCCAGCUCUCAGUAUUCGAGAGACCGCUGUUUGUGCAGCGACCUGUGAACCAGGUGGUCUUGGUGGACGAGAGCGUGGAGUUCAAGUGUCAGGUCCACGGUGACCCUCCGCCCACACUGCGCUGGAAGAAGGAGGACGUGGAAAUUCCCCGUGGCAGGUAUGACAUCCGAUAUGAAAAAGAGGACUUCUUGCUGAGGAUAAAGAAAGCAUCAGUCAGUGAUCAGGGAACCUUCACCUGUCUAGCCGAGAACCGCGUGGGUAAAGUGGAGGCCUCUGCCUACCUCACUAUCAGAGAGGCGCCCCAGUUUGUGGUGCGACCCCGUGACCAGAUUGUGGCUCAAGGACGGACAGCCAAGUUUCCCUGCGAGACCAGGGGCAAACCUCAGCCCACUGUCUUCUGGCAACAAGAGGGCAGCCAGGACCUCCUGUUUCCAAACCAGCCAACACAGGGUGACAGUCGCAUUUCUGUGUCUGUGAAUGGAGAGUUGACCAUUUCAUCUGUGCAACGCUCUGACGCAGGGUAUUAUAUCUGCCAGGCCCUCACUGUGGCCGGCAGCAUCAUGACCAAGGCCCAGCUUGAGGUAGCAGAUGCCCUGAAGGACCGCCCACCACCCAUCAUCCGGCAGGGCCCAUCCAACCAAACGCAGGCGCUAGGAGGUGUGACUCUUCUCAGGUGUCAGGCAUCUGGGGACCCGGAGCCGACUGUUUCCUGGCGGAAGAAUGGGGCCAGUCUGCUUGGAAAGGACCCGCGGUUUUCUCUGCUGGACCAUGGAAGCCUUCAGAUCCAGAACACCAGGUUGUCUGACUCAGGGUUGUACACGUGUGUGGCCACCAGUUCCUGUGGAGAAACAUCAUGGAGUGCCUUCUUGGAUGUUAAAGACUCCACUGACCUCGUCGACUUCAUGUAUCACAAUGCAACUGCCCUCCCAGGGCCUCCCUCCAAGCCAGAGGUCACUGAUGUCACCAAGAGCAGUAUCUCGCUGUCAUGGGAAACGGGGCCAGAGACGGGCUCCCCAGUGUCCUCCUAUGUCAUUGAGGCCUUUGGUCAGUCAGUGAGUAACAGCUGGCAGACAGUGGCAGACCAUGUGAAGACCACCGAGUACACAGUCCAGGACCUGCGACCCAACACCGUCUACCUGUUCAUCAUCAGGGCGGUCAAUGCUCAGGGGCUCGGGGACCCCAGCCCUAUGUCUGAGCCUGUUCGCACACAAGACAUUAGUCCUACAGCACAGGGAGUGGACCACCGUCGCGUGCAGAAGGAGCUGGGCGAUGUGUUGGUCAGCAUGCACAACCCCGUGGUCCUUAGCUCCACUUCGGUGCAGGUCACGUGGACUGUGGAGAAUCCAUCCCAGUUUAUCCAAGGCUACCGCGUUCUUUACCGGCAAACGUCAGGACUGCCCUCGCCGGGGCCUUGGCAGAUACAGGACCUGAAGGUUGCCUCAGAGAGAGACAUAACUCUCUCUGGCCUGAAGAAGGGCAUCGUCUAUGAAAUUAAAGUGCGCCCGUACUUCAAUGAGUUCCAGGGAGCAGACAGUGAAUCCAUGACGGCACGCACCAUGGAGGAAGCACCCAGUGCACCUCCGCAGCAAGUCACAGUGUUGACUGUUGGGAGCCAUAACAGCACGUCCAUCAGUGUGUCAUGGGACCCUCCUCCCUCUGACCAGCAGAACGGCAUCAUCCAGGAGUACAAGAUCUGGUGUUUGGCCAACGAAACACGCUUUCAUGUCAAUAAGUCUGUGGACGCAACCAUCCGUUCAGUGGUUGUCGGGGGUCUGCAGAGUGGAGUGCAGUACCGUGUGGAGGUGGCUGCCGGCACAAGUGCAGGAGUGGGGGUCAAGAGCAAACCCCAGCUCAUCAUCUUGGGUGCAGAGCUCAGGGAUGUGAUGACGGGAUCCGAGGGCAACAGCAGCAUCUCAGAUGUGGUGAAGCAACCGGCCUUCAUCGCCGGUUUGGGAGGAGCCUGCUGGAUCGUCCUCAUGGGCUUCAGUGCCUGGUUGUACUGGAGGAGGAAGAAGAGGAAGGGACUCAGCAACUAUGCAGUUCAGUCCUUCACCUUCACCCGUGCAGUCACUUUUCAAAGAGACAGAGGCCUGAUCAGAAACGGAAGCCGCCCUGGGCUAUUGAAGGCAGGUGACCCUGGCCUUCCGUGGUUAGCCGACUCCUGGCCCUCCACAAGCCUCCCAGCUACCAGGGGCUUGGACAGUCCAAAGGGUGGCAACAACUUUGGGCGCGGAGAUGUUUUACCGUCCGCAGCGGUGGAGAAGACGGGCACCAUGCUGUCUGAUGGUGCCAUCUACAGCAGUAUUGACUUCAUGGGGAAGGCCGGUUACAGCAGUCCAGCACGAGGCACUCAGCCCACCCCCUAUGCCACCACACAGAUACUCCAGUCCAACAGUUUCCACGAGCUGGCUGUGGACAGACCAGAUCCACGCUGGAAGGCCUCUCUCCAAGCCCAGCAGGAAAUAGCAAACCUGGGCUACUCGCUAACAGACAGACACCCUGGCAGUGGUGCAAAGGUUGGGAAGAAAAAGAAGGUGAAGGGUGGAACAAAGACCUCCAAAUCAAAUGGGACAUGUUGGGCUAACAUGCCUCUGCCUCAACCACCUAUGCACCCGCUCCCUGGUACAGAGGUUGACCUUGACUGUUACCCUGAGGAAAAGCACGGAGGAGGCAGAUAUGACAGCAACAGCUGGGCACCACCCAUGUCCGUUCAUACUUACCACCAUCAGACCUUGGACAAUGAGGUGGAGGAGGAGAGAGGCCCCACUCCUCCUCUGAGAGGGAGAUGUUCUUCUCCGGCAGCGUCUCCCUUCAGCCAGCCGUCUUCCUCCUCUCUCAGCUCCACCCAUCACGAAGAAAUGCAAUCCAUUCUGCAGGCCCACUUGGACGAGCUCACCAGAGCUUACCAAUACGAGGUGGCCAAGCAGUCAUGGCACAUGAAGAGCACGCCAAAUGUGUCCAAGACUCCCAUUCCUCCAGUGGACUUCAUGUCCAGCACCUUGGGUUCGGAUUUGGGGGCCACCCUUCUUUCAGAAGACGAGGAUGACGAGGAGGAGGAAAGAUACGCAGUGGUGUCCAAGAACUUGUGUGGCUUUGAAUACAUUCCUGGUCAUAGCAUGGAUAACCUUGAUGGCUCAGGUAAACCCCCUCAGCCGAUUCGCUCAGACACUUCUGGCACAGCGAACCAUGGCACACAGGGCAUGCACAGCCUUGGCCACAAGAGGGCACUACUGACCGGCCUCAAACCUCAGGCAGACAAGGUUGGGACUCUGUCCAGAGGAAGAGACACGAACACAGACACCCACACACCGACCAUGAAGUCCCUGCACAGCGUGGGCUCCCACAUGCACGGCUCGUGGGCAGCUGCAGGCUCAGAUCCCUCUGAAGAGUGCAUGGUGACCGUGUCAACGCUGGAGCGGCAGCAUAUGGCUUCCUGGAGCGGCACGGCGACGUCCAACAAGGCCACACUGAGCAGAGGCUCCCACAAGAGACCUGGCACAGAUCCCUCCCAUAGUGGGCAUCCUCCCACAAACAGCACAGAGAGAAGGGAACACUAGUCUUUGGAAAGCCUCGCUCCCCACCACCCACUGUCCCAGGACACCAUGUUCUCAAGCGCCAUGAGAUUCUUCUCACUGCGAGUGACACCGAGCGAUGUUGGAACGACGCUUGGAAGACGGAGAGAAUGAAGACAGAGAUCGAAGACGGGAGUGAGCGAUAAAGAGCAGAGCUGUAAAUGUCAUGUACAGACACAGACACCAGUCUCACAGUAUUAUUUCCGUCCCUCACCCUCCUCGUCCAAAAGAGUGAACAGUAUGUUAAGUGUCUGCUUCUCUUUUCUGUCACAUGAUGUACACACGGUGGCGAUGAAGAAAAAAAUCACGAUGGAAUGACUAAUUAAAAUGAAAAAGGACUUGCAUUAUUUGUAAAUAUGUUUUUUUAUUAAUGUUUUUUUUUCGUUUGCUUUGCUAUGCAAGCCAAACCCUAAUGUUGUCUAUUUUGUGUUGUUAUUACUGUGAAUCUUUUUCUUUCUUUUUUUUAUUUUUCAUUAAUGCUCAAACUGUUGGCUUAUUUCGACGAAGCUAUACUGUAUUGUUGUACUUUGCACAGAGCAUUUUUGGUGAAAAUAAGCACAAACCCAUUGUCAGCUGAGCUGAGGUUAUGAAUCAUAAUGGCAAAGUAGGACGUGUAUGUUAAACCGAACCUAAUCAGAUGAUAUAUACUUGGCUGUGCUGUAAAAAAUACUCGUAUAUUGAGAAUUAAGAGAGAGAAGGGGAAAAAAAACACAGGUAAAUACUUGGAUAUUAUAUGCCAAAAUAACUAACUGUGUUCCAUACUUUUUUCUGGGAGACAUAUUACUACAUUAUACUAACACUGAUUUUAGCAAACACUUACCAGAACAUUUUUUAUGGUAACCAAGCAACACGUCAGUCGCGAUAUCCAAAGCAACGACAUGAGAGAAAAACGACGUAUCACUUCUUUGCCGUUCCCCAAAAAGAAUCUGUUAAUACUAUAUACUGUGUAUUUAUUUAUUUCUGUUGUCAUGACACACAGUGACAUGGUGUUGGUGCAAUAUUCAGAGGACAAUAUAAGGGAAAUAAUGAGAAGAAAGGGAGUUUUUUUGGAAAGCCACAGGCCAUGUACUGUACGACUUUAUGCAGAGAAUAAUGCAUGGUAAUGUCCUGAUGUCACGUGAAGGCAAAUAAGCUAUAUGUGAUGUUAAACAUCAAAGAAAUUCUACUGGAGUUGUUGUCAUAUUUUACACUGGAAUUACACUAUCGACCUGCAGAGGCCUAUGAACUUGAAAAAAAAAACAAAAAAACAUUUCACAUUUUAGCCAAUUCAUGAUUGCAUUUACACUUGUUUUGGAUUUGGUUUUGUUGUGAUCAUUGUUCUGGGAAUUGCUCUCCCUUUGGAGAUUGUUUAUUGCCCUCAGGAAUACACACCCACAUACAGUAGGGCCAUUUUCUUUUUUUUUCCAAUACCUUGAUGCAAAAUAAAAUGUGUAUGUGAAAAUGAA